AAUUAGUAUUAUUUAGGUGGCUGCCUCCUGAUGAAGUCAAGCUCCUGUUCUUUCUAACAAAAAACUCAUCAACCUGCAACUACUUCAAAAGUGGAGCGGAGUACUGUUUUUUCAGUAUUCAACUUAAAAGCUCUCUGGGUCAGCAGACUAAAAUGUUUGUUUUAUAACUGCCCACUGAACUAUGAUAGUCUGUUUCCAGAUGGUGCCCUUCCUUCAACCUGCACACAAUCUCCCCUUGUUCAGAGCUAUUCAACCUCCCACUGAUCCUACUACUCCCACCCUAUUUAAGGCUACAGAGAGGAAAUCCUGAGGAGCAGAUUUUCCCCCCAGUCUCCAGCUAUUUCUUGGUGACGUAAUAUGUGGGCUGAACUUGAGUGAGCCUACGGAGAGAAGGAAUCACUAUUCAGGGGUACUGUGUAUAUAGCCUGUGUCAGCUGCAGCUGGUUACUGCACUUCUCCAUGUGGCAGACAGAGCACAGCCACAAUGCUUUCUCUGCGGGAUUAGAGACAGCCUACAGACCAGAACGUCUACUACACUACUUAAGAUUACAGAGGUGGCUUGCCAAACUCAAUUAGUACUGUAAAAAGAAGUUCGUUAUUACUGCUUGACUUCAGGAAUCCAAAACAAAAAUGCAGUUGCCAUUAAAGUCAGAGAUGAACAAACUUCUACACUGAUUUUUAAAAAUCAAGAAUAAGGGCAGCAAGUUUCUGGAUUCGCUUUAUCAACACACAAAAAGACGUCGUUGUCCAACCUCAUUUCAAAAUGAAGGCUUUUAUUUGGACUCUAGGUGUGCUACUCUUCCUUCAAAUGGGCUCUGAACAUUGCAGAGGACAGUUCAAAAUAAAAAAAAUAACCCAGAGGAGAUACCCUCGUGCCACAGAUAGCAAAGAGGAAGCAAAGAAAUGUGCAUACACAUUCCUGGUACCCGAACAAAAAAUAACAGGGCCAAUCUGUGUCAACACCAAAGGGCAAGAUGCAGGUACCAUUAAAGAUAUGAUCACCAGGAUGGAUCUUGAAAACCUGAAGGAUGUGCUCUCCAGGCAGAAGCAAGAGAUAGAUGUCCUGCAAUUGGUGGUGGAUGUAGAUGGAAACAUUGUAAAUGAGGUAAAGCUGCUGAGAAAAGAAAGCCGUAACAUGAAUUCUCGUGUUACCCAACUCUAUAUGCAACUAUUACAUGAGAUUAUCCGUAAGAGGGAUAAUUCACUUGAACUUUCCCAGUUGGAAAAUAAAAUCCUCAAUGUCACCACAGAAAUGUUGAAGAUGGCGACAAGGUACAAGGAACUAGAGGUGAAAUAUGCUUCCUUGACUGAUCUUGUGAAUAACCAGUCUGUGAUGAUCACUUUGUUGGAGGAGCAGUGCUUGAGGAUAUUUUCCCGACAAGACACCCACGUGUCUCCCCCUCUUGUCCAGGUGGUGCCACAACACAUUCCUACCAGUCAUCAGUACACUCCGGGUCUGCUAGGAGGCAAUGAGAUACAGAGGGAUCCAGGUUAUCCCAGAGACUUAAUGUCACCACCUGACCUGGCAACUUCUCCCACCAAAAGCCCUUUCAAGAUACCACCAGUAACUUUCAUCAAUGAAGGACCAUUCAAAGACUGUCAGCGAGCAAAAGAAGCUGGGCAUUCCGUCAGUGGGAUUUACAUGAUUAAGCCUGAGAACAGCCAUGGACCAAUGCAGUUAUGGUGUGAGAACAGUUUGGAUCCUGGAGGUUGGACUGUUAUUCAGAAAAGAACAGAUGGCUCUGUCAACUUCUUCAGAAACUGGGAAAAUUAUAAGAAAGGGUUUGGAAAUAUUGAUGGGGAAUAUUGGCUUGGACUGGAAAAUAUCUACAUGCUUAGCAAUCAAGAUAAUUAUAAACUGUUGAUUGAAUUAGAAGACUGGAGUGAUAAAAAGGUCUAUGCAGAAUACAGCAGCUUUCAUCUGGAACCUGAAAGUGAAUUCUACAGACUGCGCCUGGGAACUUACCAGGGCAAUGCGGGGGAUUCCAUGAUGUGGCACAAUGGCAAACAAUUCACUACGCUGGACAGAGACAAAGAUAUGUAUGCAGGAAACUGUGCCCACUUUCACAAAGGAGGCUGGUGGUACAAUGCCUGUGCACAUUCCAACCUCAAUGGAGUGUGGUACAGAGGUGGUCACUACAGAAGCAAGUACCAGGACGGAAUCUUCUGGGCUGAGUACAGAGGCGGGUCGUACUCCCUGCGAGCAGUGCGGAUGAUGGUGAAACCUAUUGACUGAGGUGGCUCCGACCUAAGUGACACACAACUCCACUUCUCAGCUUCCAAAAUGCAGGUGUCACAUGUCUCUUACUUUGCAGUUUCUACAGAUGUGAUUUUAAAAUGAAUUUUACAAAGGCAUCUAUGAAUAUGGUUUCCUCUUCCUUCAGUGUACUGCAGAAGAUUAUUUGUAUGCAUAUCCUAGUUGUUUUAAAAUUUUUAUUGACUGAAUACAGGUAAAGUUUUCUAAAAUGUAAAUAUUUGCCAUAAUAUGAAACAAAUCUUAGCUUUAUUGUAAAUCAAAAUUGAAAACAUGUUCUAGUUAACAAUUAUUUAAAAACUAUGAAACUGCUCUAGCUUGCAAUGAAAAAAUAAUUUUAAGACUUCAGCCAAGUAAUGCAUUUUAUUUAUAAAAAUAUAGACAGGAAAUUAGAGAAAUCUCUAGUUUUGCCCAUAGAAAAAUUCAUUUUUCCACUGAAUGAAAUUUCAAAUUGAA